UUUUGGCUUCUCCCACUGUUCCUCUCUCUGUUCUCUCUCUUUAGCUCUCUCCUAUAUAUACAUACAUUUUUUAUAUGUAUAUGUGCAUGUAAAAUUAUACAUACACAUCAAUCUUGAAACACUCCAUUUCCCUCUUUGAAGCUCUUUGGGCAAUUUUGCCGAGGACCUCAAUAAUCUUGAAGCUGGUCGUUUGACGCGAAUCUAGUUGUGUGCUUCCUCCUCGGUCUCCAUUAAUUGGAAGAUGGGCUGUUUUAGUUCUACAGCAAGACAGCAGUUUCAAGGAUACGAAGAUCCUAUAUUCCUAGCAUCCCAAACAGCAUUUACCGUAAGUGAAGUUCAGGCAUUAUUUGAGAUGUUCAAGACUAUUAGCAGUACAGUAAUUGACGACGGGUUGAUAAGCAAGGAAGAGUUCCAGUUGGCAUUAUUCGAGAAUAGAAAAAAAGAAGACCUUCUUGCAAAUCGGAUUUUUGAUCUAUUUGAUCUAAAGCAAAGAGGAGUCGUCGAUUUUGAGGAUUUUGUUAGGGUAAUGAAUGUAUUCCACCCAAAUUCCCCCCAGGAAGAUAAAAUCACUUUUUCAUUUAGGCUUUAUGAUCUGGACGGCUCAGGGUAUAUUGAACGGCAAGAGGUUAAACAAAUGUUGAUUGCGCUUCUACGCGAGUCUGAUAUGAAGUUGGCUGACGAAACCAUCGAGAUAAUACUUGAUAAGACAUUUUCAGAGGCAGAUUCAAAUCAGGAUGGGAAGAUUGACAAAUCUGAAUGGCGAAGUUUUGUGGCUCGAAAUCCUUCAUUAUUAAAGAUAAUGACACUUCCAUAUCUAAGGGAUGUAACAACUACUUUUCCAAGUUUUGUAUUUCAUUCAGAAGUUGAUGAAGUAGCUACUUGAUAAUAGGAAAUGCUAGUUCAAAAUUAGUUCUUUCUCCUCCACAUUUUCUUUUGUAUUUUUCCCCUAAUAUAUUAAAUGUAUGUAAAUUUGUUGGGGAAAAUGCGAAAGAUAUAUCUAUAUUGUGUGAGGAGGUUUUGGUAGCCUCCCUUUUUGUAAAGUGAUUAUACUUUUGCCAAUUUGGCCGAUUAAUAGUGAGUUUAGAUUGGCUUUUUGUUUUUA